AUGGAUUGCCCUCCGGUGAAUUUUCAGGGUAUUGAACUACAGUCGCACGAAAAGGGAGACAGUGGAAAACAUUCAUUUUGUGCUCGUCGGACUACAGCUAAUUUAGAGGAACAUGAAAUACUGACUUCUUCUGGUCUUUACCAACGGGUAUAUGUUCAGCCUAACAAAAACAAGACUGCAAUUAUCACCUACCAUGAUAUUGGAACUAACCAUACAUCAUUUCUUAGUUUAUUCAACAAUCCUGAGAUGCGUGUCAUCACUGAACACUUCACAGUUUAUCAUAUCUGUGCACCUGGUCAUCACGAGAAUGCCUCAAAUAUUAAUUUUGGUGAUCCAGCGAAUCCUGGUCAAGAUCAAGUAUUGUUAUCACAACCUGAUUUACAAAAACAACGUCAAUCAGUCUCUUCUAUAUCUGGCAGUAGAGGCAGUAUUUUUGAGGCAGUACGUAGAAGAUCAUCACUACUAUUGAAUCGUUCUCGUUAUCCGGAUAUGGAUCAGUUGGCCGAUAUGAUCACAUCGAUACUUGUUCAUUUCGGGAUAAAUUAUUUCUUAGGCUUUGGAAUGGGUGCCGGCUCAAAUAUACUCGCUCGAUACGCUCUUCGUUAUCCAGAUCAAGUCUUGGGUCUGUUUCUUAUAAAUCCGAAUGCAACCACUCAUGGCUAUUAUCAGUGGUUCCGUAAUGUUUGGUCUGAUCUACCAGCACUUGAACGUGGUGUACUUACUGAUAGUUUAAUGAGUCAAUUAGAGGCACAUUGGUUUGGUUAUGGUUUAGUUGAAAACAUUGAUAUUGCUAAUUUCUAUGAAUCGUUAGCACGUAGUCUAAAUCCAACCAAUUUAGCUGGUUAUAUCCGAUCAUAUGUGGAUAGGACACCGAUUCACUUAGUUCGACCUAUCGGUCCACCAAUGCCAUCUGAUAAUGAAACAAAUACCAAUGAAGAACCAUCAGUUAUACAAACUGAAGUAUGCUUGGUUACUGGUGAUCGUGCUGUUGAAUUAUCACGUGCAUUAGCUGAUAUGAAUGGACGUAUGGAUCCAAAACGUACACAAUUUUUAAUGAUGCCCGAUUGUACAGGUAUGGUUAUGGAAGAGAAUCCUGAUAAAUUAGUCAUGAAUUUUCUACAUUUUCUGCGUAGUAUUGGACAUGUUGUCAGUCUUACACCGGAUAAAUUACGUCAACAAGCCUCAGAAAUACAACAAUCUUUAUUGGAAGAAUUGCCUGAAAUGUGUUUACCUGCUCAAUUAGUUAUGGAACCAGAGGUGGAAUCACAGAGUACAUGA